AGGUUGUGUAUUUUCCAUAGUAAUUAUAAAAUAAUUAGGAUCAUGGGUCAUAGGGAAAUGUGUUAUGUAUUUUUCCCUAUCUACUCAUUAGACAUAGACAAUCCUAUUUAAGGGAUUAGAAUGUAAGAAACAAGUCAGUUGUUUGAGUACCUCCAGUCUGUAUAGUCUGGCCCUCUGCAACGAAUAAUAAAAAUAACGUUACCAAAUAACAAAGGUUAUCAUUUACGUUAACUGGCGCCCAACUAACCGGAAAAUUCGCGUUUUCAACACCGUUAAUAUCGCGGAUGAAAACCGGGAAACCCACACUGAAUAAAAAAGUAUCGAGUGACAUUAUAAGGACCGUGUGAUAUUUAUAGUUUGUGAUUUAUAGUUAGUGAAAAGAACAAAAGUGGCCAAACAGAAAAAAAAAAAAAAAAUAUUAAGUUUAAUGACUGGUUGUGAAUACUCAAUGGCGUUUCUUAUUGUAAUCGACAGGAAUACCAUUUUGCCAAGAGGAUGUACGCGAUCACUGUUUGCGUCAAAUGUUUAAACAACGACACGGCGACAUGCGGAAUAUCAACUGCACAUCACAUACCGCCAGUGAUGCAGAUCGACGAGAACACCCUGGUUAUUAAGGACGGGGAAACAAUAGUCAACGAAAAUGGUCAAGACGUAAACGUAAACGGAACCUGUCUCGUGAUUCAUUCCAACGACGUCUUUAUUAACGGAACCUUGUACCCGACAUCAAUAAAAAAAUCAAGGAUUGAACCAUUAACGGCCAGCAUCUUUAAAUUAAAGGUAUCUGAACAUUCUACACUCGUUUCCCUUGCAUAUCUUCAACAGGUCCACAUACAAAAUUUGGAGAAAAUAAGCCAGAAGACCGAACAUGUCAAUUUGCAACAAGCAUUCUAUUUGUUCAGCGGCGCUAUUUUAUUAGGCAUCUUUGUCAUCACUGCGACUUUCUACUACAAACACCGUAGGCAACAAAUGGUCAACAACGAACAAGUCGACGAAUCCAAUAUGGAACCAAGGGUUCAAUUCAUUUUGAAACAGAUUGAAAAUAAUUUGAUGCAGAUCCGGGACGACUCUGUUUAAGA